CUAGUGCUGGUGUAUGUAUGCACAUAGACGAUCUUGAGGCCGUCGCUUCCUGUUGUGCCCCUUCCUGGCUGUACCAUAUCUGCAAGUAGCAACCAUGGCGUCAGGCCUCCCGGGUGUCGUCCUCUUGGCCUUACUAUGUGCCGUUCUGGCCGCCUGCGUAUCGGCGGACAGUAGACACUGCCUGGCCUACACAGACAACAAUGGCCAUUAUCAUCCAUACGAGCAAUGUUACCUAGGAUUCUGCUGUGGUAACUGCCAGUCCAAACGGUGCUGUAGGGAUACCUUUCUUCGAUUUACAGAGGAUAGCCAAGAAGAAUGUGAAUAUGUCUCAUUCAUGGACACCACCCCGAUGUUGGGUUCUGUGAUUGGUGGUGUCAUCUUUAUGGUGGUGGUGCUCAUAAGCUGCUGUGUGUGUCCCUGCUGUUGCCUGUACAAGAUAUGCCGCAAGCCGCGACCGGUAAUCGCAACUUCCACUCACACCACCGUCGUGACUAACACCCCCCAGCAUUACCCCCAGCAACCCGUAAUGUCGCCCGGGCAACCACAAGCCUACCCGGCGGCCCCUUAUCCAGCGUACCAGCCUGUACCCGUGCAGACGGGAUAUGGCCAGCCCAUGCCACCUCAGGGAUACCCGCAACAUCCCAUGCCCGCUAUCCCUCCCCCAGGACAGCAUUACACACCGGGACCGCCGCCAACUUAUAUAGAAGCCACCGGCCCGGCCUACCCUCCCAACCCGAUGCCUUACAGCCAGGCUGCCUUCACCCCCGGCCAGCCGUCUUACCCUCUGCAGCCCCCUGCGCAGCCUCCUGUGCAGCCCCCUAUGCAGCCCCAGGCCAAUGCCCCAGCAGCCCAAGUAGACUACCUGAAUCAGCCGGCGUACAACCCAGAUUUUAUCUCUCCACCACCCAAGAUGGGUUAACGGCCUCGUCGAGCUUGCUGCAACAUCCUCAAAAGAAUUUUUACUGUUUUUCGAGUUCAUCAUCCACCCGAUACAAUUAUGCACAAGAGGUUCGUGCAUGCCUUUUUGGGAAUUGAUGUUUGCCUUGCAGUUCUCAGGAAGCAAGUCCGGAUUUCUUUUUUCUUUUUUUUCUUUUUUUUUUUUUUUCUUGAA